AUGUCGCCUCACGUGCUCGUACGGGCAGAAAAGCAUGAAGAAGAGAACCUACAGGCUUCUUUUUUCUUCUGCUUCGUCUGCCUCACCUUCUUCAUCCUGGUUUCACUCCUUGUAAACUACCUCGAAACAUACAAACGCAGACUCGUCAAGUUUCUCCUCAUCCCCUUUGAAGCUCUCCAGGACGACGAGGAAGGUGAUGAUGGCGAGCAGCUUUUCCGUCAUCUAACGCAGCAAAACCUCCGUCGUUUCGAUUGUUUCCAUCAGUUGGAAUACGGCCACUGCAAUUACGACAACCCUUUCGGUAUGUCUGCACCAAAGUACGCGUUGGAGGACAAAGAUGUGCUCUACCACGCCCAAGUCACUCUGGGCUGCAAUGGCCUUCGUGAUCUCUACAACCUUGGCUUCAUGCGUCAAGACACUUUGGAAAGGCGAAUCAAGGCUGCCGGCAAGCGCAUCGGCUUGAACAGCACCGUCUCUCUCUGCGCCGUCUGGCUACGCGAGAAGAUUGGCCGCACCUUUUCCACCACGGGCAUGGGCAUGCGGCCUGAACUCAAGGAGCUCUGCCUCUUCCUCCAACGCAGAGGCUGCUCGCGGGACAUGUGCUGCCAAAUCUUGUACGACGCCUUCCAGAAGGUGAAUCAAAGCCAUGCGAGCCAGGUUUCGCUGCGGGUUGGCAAUGUGGUGCUGACGAGCUUCCGCGCUGUCGUCGACUACGUCUAUGAUCACUGGUAUCAAUGGCUCGACGAGCCGGAGACACCUGCGGGCGUGGUCGAUCUCGAGGCGGGUCAGCAGAAUAACGAUGACGGCAAGUGGCCUUAUCCUGCGUACAAUCACAAUCUCUCCACGUUGUCGCCAGCUGAGCACAGUCUUCACCUCGAGGCAAGCCUUGAGCAGCUUCACAAAGGCCAUGACCACCAUUCCCGUCGCGACAAUGACGAUGCCAAACGCGGGGCUCAGAAACGACAACACCCUGGAUACUGCGCGCCCUUUGAUCUUGGACAGGCUAGCUCCUGGGGCUCUGAGCCCAACCAGUCUGACCGAUGCGCCACUCGACUGCAAGACUGCGCGUGUAAGCACUGCAGCAUCAUAGGUUGGCUUUCCCAUCUUGCUGGUGAACCCAUCUUAACCGCGGAUGACAUAGAUUAUCCUGGACAAGAGCAGAAUUGCACUGGAGCUUCUGACAAAAUGGUCAUGAACCCUCAACGAGCGGCUGUGCUCGCCGACACUUGCCCCGUCGCGGCCGCCGCGGCAAACCACCCUCUCGUGAACGUUGCUCAACAAUCGCAAGUCUCACUUGACAAGGAGAUGGAUAAGGAGUCGACGUCUGAUCUGAUCAUGUUUUCUAGCAGCCCUGCAGUUGAAGAGGCCGCUGUUUACGCCAACAAUGAUGCCGCCGCUCGCCAUGCCAAGGGCCGUCUGUCACCUUAG